AGUGCGUCCUCGUACAGAGAUGGUCCUGUCACUGCUGAUGGCCCUGCUGUGGGGCGGGUCUCAGGCUCAGUCCCCAGGAUUCUCCCUGCGAGUGCAGAGCGUGGUGGUGGUGCAGGAGGGCCUGUGUGUCCACGUGCCCUGCACCGUGUCCUACCCCCGGGUAGACUGGACAGAGGACACCCCGGCCCUUGGCUACUGGUUCGUGGCUGGGACAGACACGACCUUGGAAAGGCCAGUGGCCACAAACAAGCAGGACCGAGAAGUGCAAACUGGCUUCCGGGGCCGGUUCCAGCUCACUGGGGACCCCGGGAACUACAGCUGCUCCCUGCUGAUCAGAGACGCCCUGGCAGCGGACGAGGGACUGUACAUCUUUCGGGUGGAGAGAGGCAGUUACGUGCGAUAUAAUUUUGUCGAAACCCCAUUCAAUCUGGAAGUGAGAGCCCUGACGCAGAAGCCAGAUGUCUUCGUCCCGGAGACUUUGGAACCAGGGCGCCAGGCGACACUCAUCUGUGUGUUUAACUGGGCCUUUGAGGAAUGUCCAGCUCCUGCGCUCUCCUGGACGGGGGUCGCCGUCACCCCUCAAGGGCCUGGACCAAAAUCCUCCUACUUCUCAGUGCUUUCUCUCACACCGAGACCCCACGACCACGGCACGCACCUCACCUGCCGCGCAGACUUCUCCAGAGAGGGUGUGAGCACAGAGACAACUGUUCAACUUAAUGUCACCUAUGUCCCCAGAGACCUGGUUAUCAGCGUGUCCCGAGCCCAGGUGUCAGCCCCCGAGCCCCAGGGAAACAGCCCAUAUCUGGAAGCCCAGAGGGGCCAGUUCCUGCGGCUGCUCUGUGCUGCCGAGAGCCAGCCCCCUGCCACCCUGAGCUGGGUCCUGGGGGACAGAGUCCUCUCUUGGUCCCACCCCUGGCGCCCCGGGCCCCUGGCUCUGGUGCUGCCCGGGGUGAAGCCUGGGGACUCGGGGUCCUACACCUGCCAAGCGGAGAACAGGCUUGGCUCCCAGAACCGCACCCUGAACCUCUCCGUGCAGUAUGCACCGGAGGACCUGAGAGUGAUGGCCCUAGAAGCCAACAGGACAGUCCUGGAGAACCUUGGGAAUGGCACGUCCCUCCCAGUCCUGGAGGGCCAGAGUUUGCGUCUGCUCUGUGCCACCCACAGCAACCCCCCAGCCCGGCUGAGCUGGGCCCUGGGGGAACAGCCUCUGAGCCCCUCCCAGCCCGCAGACCCCGGGAUCCUGGAGCUGCCUCAGAUACAAACGCAGCACGAAGGAGUCCUCACCUGCCAAGCCCAGAACUCGCUGGGCUCCCAGCACGUCUCCCUGCAUCUCUCUGUGGUCUACCCGCCGCGGCGGCUCAGCCCCUCCUGCUCCUGGGAGGGCGAGGGGCUGCGCUGCACCUGCUCCUCCGCAGCCCGGCCGGCCCCCACCCUGCGCUGGCGGCUGGGGGAGGGGCUGCUGGAGGGGAACCGCAGCAACGCCUCCCUGACCGUCACCUCCAGCUCCGCGGGGCCCUGGGCCAACAGCUCCUUGAGCCUCACUGGGCCGCUGGGCUCCGACCUCAGACUCAGCUGCGAGGCCCGGAACGCACACGGGGCCCAGAGCGCCGUCCUCGUGCUGCUGCCAGAUAAGAAGACACUCCCCUCAAAGGCAUUCUGUAACGGAAUAUUUCUGGGAAUGGGCGUCACCACGCUCCUUUUCCUCUGCCUCAUCCUGGUCACGAAGACUAUGAGAAAAAAACAGACCCAGGCAGGGACUCCCGCCCAGGCAGAGACUCUUCCAAACUCCAGGGUCACGCGGAGAAGCACGAUCCUGGAAUACAUCAACAUGGUCCCCAAUUCUGGUCCCCUGGCUCGGAAUCGGAAAGCCACACCAAACAGUCCUUCCCAGGCCUCUCCUCCAGGCGCUCCCUCCCAGGAAUGUAAGAAAAACCAGAAAGAGCUACAUGCCGCUCCCCACGCUUGUCCAGGAUCCAGGUCAUUCACGCAAGUCUCAGAAUCAGAGAAUAACCGAGAAGAACUCCAUUAUGCUGCCCUCACCUUCUCAGGCCUCAGACCAUGGGAGACCCGGGAGCCCAAGGAUACCAGCUCAGAGUAUGAGGACAUCAAGUUCUACUGACAGUCUCCCGGCUGCCGGGCUGGGAUCCGGGUUAGGUGGAUGGAGAGGGUGAGGAGGGCCAGCAUCC